AGGGAAAUUGCCCCAAGACGUGGUCAUCGCAAUAGGCACAAUGCCAGCCUUUUUCUCAGGCUACUUCAGGAGUCUCAUCCCCGGUCUGGGAACGGUGCUUCUGCUUUUCAUAUCCAGGGUGGAUCCAUGGCCACACAGGGGUCAUGACUUCCAGCUCCAGAUAGAAGCUGUUAAGCAGAGCAUCCUAGUGAGGUUGGGCUUGGAGAUGCCUCCAAUCAUCCGGGGCCCCGUGGAUCAAGAAGAGAUCCAGAAGGCACAAUUGCACUACCAGGAAUUGCUAGCACAGCUCCAGGCAAAUCGAACGAAGCUGCCACCAUCCACCACUCUUCACCUUUUGCAGCCUGAAUUUGUGCACACUAAUGAGUCCACAUCUGGAAAUCUUCAAGCUGCAGCACAUGUGCAUCUGGAAUUCUCCAGGACAUCAGAACUUCAUCAGAACCUCAGCGUUCUCCGGGCUGAAUUGACUCUCUUCAAAGAAUGGCUCGAUUCUCCCAGCAACGCUCUGUCCAAUGUAACAUGGCCAGUACGUGUGAAUCUCUACCGACUGUCCAAAAGGGAAAAAGUAACCCCCGAGCUGCUCACUUCCCAAGAAAUUUCAAGGACUUCACCAAGCCUCAGUCUGAAGGGUGUUGUAGAACAAUGGGUAGGAAGCUCGGAGCCCAAGCUGAAUCUGGGCCUGGAGUUUAGGUCAGACGAGGCUGCGUGGCUGGCUACUAGCGUGGCAGAAGAAAGGGCAGGAAUGCCAUCCUUAACGAUAGAGGCUGAAACUCGAAAGGCAGUAAGAAAGACCAGGCAGCUUGAUGAGGAAGAAUGCAGGAAGGGUGAUGGGAAAUGCUGCUUGAGGUCUCUUAAGGUCUCCUUCGAGGCCAUUGGGUGGUCGGACUGGGUGGUGGCUCCGCGAAGCUACUCUAUGAAGUUCUGCGAGGGCUCCUGCCCGCACAACUACAAACCAGCCAGCAUGCAUGCCCAGAUCAAGGCCAGGCUGCACAGCCUUUCUGGGGAGACGCCAGCCCCAUGUUGUGUUCCCGCUGCCUACGAGCCAAUGGUGCUUAUGCAUUACGGCAAUGAUGGGAAUGUGGCCACCCAACUCUUUGAUGACAUGAUUGUUACACGGUGUCACUGUGCAUGAAGGUUGGGGAGGGGGAAUCUGGGAGGAGAGGCACCCCGUUUGCUUAAAUCAAAGAGUUCAAAAGUAAUGGACAUUUUUUUUAAUGAACUCAUAUCGAGUUGAGCCCUUUUUGGUGUGAAAGUGGAUAUUUUCUCGGGAGAAUAAGCGUCUUAUUUACAUCCCGAGGACCCAGAUUGUUGGGGGCAAUAUGCUGACUCUGUUAAGCCACCUAGAGAGGGCUAUAAAGCACUGUGAAGCGGUAUAUAAGUCUAAGUGCUAUUGCUAUCCUCUCUGCGAAUGACUUUCAUACAGCAAUUACUCAAGACCCAAAUUGGCUGCUUCUUUAGCAGCAUUUUUUUCUUCUUCUGAAAACUGGGCCAUCUUCCUCCCAGCCAAUCAUCUCAGUCUAUCAGGGAUCAUGACCCUGCAAGGCCAAUCAGAGAGCACAGGAUGAUAUUCCAGUGUCGCUGAUCAUCAUUUAUCAGUGAAUGAUAGAAAUGGAAAUCACAUCUUCAGGUUCUGAAUCUGGAGAAAAGAGCUGGAGGAUUUUUUUGAACAAAACGGCUGUGCUGCCGUGAAGAAAUCCUGGGCUCAAGCUCAGAAUGAUGAUUUAAAAUUUCCCAUUGGAUUUAUGUUUAUGCUCUUUUUCCCCCCUAAUUGCGUCUUUUUUGUUCUGUCAUACAGAAUUCCUCCAAUGUAUGCCAUAACUUAGGGGUCUGCAAACUUGACUCUUUUAAGACUUGUGGACUUCAACUCCCAGCAAAGCUGGCUGAGGAACUCUGGGAGUUGCAGUCCACAAGUCUAAAAAGAGCCAAGUUUGCAGACCCCUGCCGUAACUGAAAGCCCCCAAAAUACUUCUUUCUGUUUCUUCUUCCUUUUUUUUAUCACAAGUAGGUCACAUAUUUUGUAGGAGGGGAUACAGAUAAUUUCAGGCCUCCUUCUGGAUUUGUAAGGAACAUGCACUUUACCAACCAAAAUAUUAAGUAAUAAUGUUCAUAAGGAAUAAAUCUGUGGACUUUUUGAUGGGCUUUGGGGAGGAGAGGAAGCCGAUUGUCGCUCUGCCCUGCAAGCACCCCUAUGGAAAAUCAACUUGUUCCAUUGUUCUGACAUUUUUAUCCUGUUGUCUUAUUUAUUUUAACUUAUUCUUGUUUAUAUCAAUAUGAUUUUGUUGUUCGUUUAUAUUAUUUAUAAGAGAAGAUUUAUUUG